GCCAGUCACCGACGCGCUAGCGGGGCGCCAGCACACACCUCAAGAGUCCGCGCGUUACCGCCGGAACUGCCGCGGCGUCCAGAAGAGAGAAACUGCCCGACCUCGUUCUCCCUGCUGUGCCGACGCGUCAGAGUGCUUGUGCUGCGAGAACUGUGCCGUGUGCGUGAAUGGUGUCAGUUGUUCUAAACUUUUCAAGUAUACUUCUAAAGUGACCCGUACACUUUCCACACAGGGGCCAAAAUAUUGACAUUUCUUUAGGCGCGACAGUUUUUUCGAAGAGCGUCUUGCCGAAACGAGAACAAUAUUCUCAUUUUACUGUGAACGGACGCCCGCAAGAAACGUGUCUGAGAAGUGAUCAGUGUUUUGUGACGGCGCGUGCGGUUUGUAAACAUAUCGAGCGGGCUUGGGAGGAGCAACAGGUGGCUGUGGCAGAGGCAGGUGCAAAACAAUUCGCGAAGUGCCCAAGUGUCGUGAUCCACGAAUCAGAACACGCAUUGGCUGGGAAGGCACUUACAGCUCCAAUUAAUGCCUCUUUGCUACCCCCCCUUCUUGAAAAGUUUUAUUGACAUUCUUUGUUCAGAGUGACUAAAGUUAAGUGGCGACUAUCGUGGCGGCGGAACGCAGUGUGGGAGGUCGUGGCGACACAGUGGAUCGGGUCUCUGCCAUUCACGGAGACGUCUGGCGACAUCGGAGCAGCAAUCUUCCCAUCAAGCGGACGUCCAGCGACUGAGCAGGGUGUGAGAAAAUGUGCUUCGGUUGGCCGCGGAGCCCGAUCCACCAGGAGGAGGGAAACCGUCGGCCCCGUAACUGAUUCCUGUUGACGAGUCAGUCAGCACGGUGAUUUUCUACGACGUAAAGACGGAGCUGGGAUGGAGAUGAGCUCAGCUUGGUCGGAGCGGCCUCCAGAGCUGACCAUGGCGCUGAUCUCCGGCCUCCAGCAGGACGGCGACACCGCACUGGGCGACGACUCGGCAGGGUCUGUUAACGCGACGCUGGCGCCGCCCAGCUUCCCGCGGCCGCUGCUCACGUUCGCGGCGGUGGCGACGAUCACGAUCCUGGUGGUGGGCGUGCUGGGCAACCUGCUAACCGUCGUCGCGCUGCUGAGGUGUCCCAGGGUCCGAAACGUCGCCGCCGCCUUCAUCAUCAGCCUGUGCGUGGCGGACCUGGUGUUCUGCGCGCUGGUGCUGCCGUUCAGCGCGUCGCGCUUCGUGUCGGGCACGUGGGUGCACGGCGACCAACUUUGCCAGCUGUUCCCGCUGAUGCGCUAUGGCAACGUGGGCGUCUCGCUGCUCUCCAUCGCCAUGAUCACCAUCAACAGGUACAUAAUGAUCGCGCACCACGGAUGGUACGGCCGCAUCUACCGGCGCCACUGGAUCGCCGCCAUGAUCGCCUUCUGCUGGCUCUUCAGCUACGGCAUGCAGCUGCCCACGCUGCUCGGCGUCUGGGGUCGCUUCGGCUACGACGCGCUGCUGGGCUCGUGCUCCAUCCUGGAGGACUCAGCGGGCCGCUCCUCCAAGACGGCGCUCUUCGUGCUGGGCUUCCUCGUGCCCUGCGUCGUCAUCGUCGCCUGCUACGCGCGCAUCUUCUGGGUCGUGCACGAGUCAGAGAACCGGAUGCGGUCGCACCAGUCGGCGGCGCAGGCUCCCACCCCCGGGGGCGGCGGCAAGGGGGUGACGCCUGGGGGCGGCGGCCAGCAGCAGCGGCCCGCCGCCAGGGACGUGCGCGCGCGCCGCAACGAGUGGCGCAUCACCAAGAUGGUGCUGGCCAUCUUCCUGUCCUUCGUCGUGUGCUACCUGCCCAUCACCAUCGUCAAGGUCGCCGACCACCGCGUGCGACACCCGGGGCUGCACGUGCUGGGCUACAUCAUGCUGUACCUGUCGGCGUGCCUCAACCCCAUCAUCUACGUCAUCAUGAACAAGCAGUACCGGCAGGCGUACAAGACAGUGCUGCUGCUGCGCCGGCCGCGCCUGCUGUCGCUGACGCCCACCGCCAACAACAGCAGCUGCCAAGACAAGUCCAAGGACGCCAUCAGCCGCACCAUGGUGUCCCAGGUGAGCAUAGCCAUGGGGCCCAUGGUUCCACACAGGAACGACGAGCUGCCGGAAGUGUUCGAAGAGCCGUGACGUCACACGCCCGCAACAAUCGCACCGCGCUCGAGCGACACGUGACCGGGCCGACAAUGGGAACCGGCGUUCACCACUCACCGCGUCCCUUCCCAACACACUGAAGCGUGCGGGCGUCCGCUACGAAACCUCAAGUGGACUUAACGUCGGUAGAGAGUCGGACUGUCGAAGAGUUUAUCUAUUACCAAAGAUAUAAACGUUUAAUACUGGAGCUUCUUAUUGAUUUCAGAUUAUUUUCAAAGUGACAAUAAAGACAAAGAAUGUGAUUCUUCAGCUAGGUAGUAAACCACUACCUGCGGACAGUAACAGCAGAAUCAUUGUACGAAAAUUUUCACAGGUUAUCUUACCAUUUUCCUAUAAUUCUACGUGCUGUACUGUAAUACGGAUGUUUCUAAUUACUUGCUUUCACUGCGUCAGAGUAGUAGAAAAUAGUUCACAACGAAGACAAACCAUGCCACACAUUUUCGUUGUUACUAAAUGUAUUGCGUAAUCUACACACACUGUCAUCCAAGAAAUAUGUUCUCACUAAUAUUUGUAAUUACUUCGAACGUGUACUUGCUGUGAAAAUUGCUCAUUGACUUUGUGCAUCAAAUAUACAUGUACAGCAAAUUCCAAGUGGGAGAAAAUCGUGUGUUUGAUGGAGCGAAAUCAGUAGUAUUUCAAGAGGUACCAAAGAUGUAAACGUUUACCUUUUUAGAACUGGAACUUCCAAGUGAUUGGGUAACUUUACAAUAGAAAAUCAGUUAGAGAGAGAGAGAGAGAGAGAGAGAGAGAGAGCAUUUACAUGUUAACAGCUUAAGGCUUCUUCUAGACCAGUGCUGAAGUUUUGACACACCCGCAAUUUCAUAUGAGGUACCGGACUAUGAUUCCCAUUGCGUGUUCUGCCAUUCCUUGAGCGUGCUGGAAAUUUGUUUACAACAGUGCAGAGAAAGAACUAGUAGUUAAAUUCUAGUUCUCUGCUCAUAUGUCUUCUACGUUUCUACCGGAGGAAUACCAGAUACACUGUAAAUCACAGAUGCGAAAAGCUGCAGAGCAUACGUCACCUCCUGCUAAUUAUUUAUAUUUCGUCAUAGAUUAUACACACGAAUUUAAGACUGUAUAAAACGUGUCCCUGGUCAAAUAUCGACGUUUGGCAUUUUUGUACAAAAAAAAAAAAAACAUUUUGUUCUUGAUGAAUUAGCAACCAAAUAUUUUUUGUAAGCAGUGUUCCACAGAUUUAUAACAUUUUAAGAAACCAGCAAUUUACUGGUGCAAGGAUGUGUUCUUUACUGUCGAGAAUACUUUUGAUCCGAAUGUCACCUACAGUCGACGAAGGCUGUGGGAGUUUGAUGCAUUGAUAACUUCCAUCACUGAACGUGAUUUUUUGGUCGAAACCAGUCUCAACUAAAAAUAAAAUAUUCUUGAAGCAGCUGUUGCGUGUUUAAUAAUGACAUUUAUUUCGAGUAUUACUGGGUUGUACAUGCAAACACUUCACGUGUUGAUGUGAUUUAGUUAAGGCUGUUACGUUUUGUUUUUCUAGUUUUUUCCAGGCAAUAAAGAAAAUAAGCUAAGUGGUCACUCACUAGGUAUCAGAAUAUUCCUUCAUGACAGUCUAGACACGAAAGCAUCGGAUUGAUAACAGAGUCACGAUAUUCGAUUUCACGUGGAUCAUCUCUCAACUGGAGCUUGCGGCAGGUGAUAAGAUGUUGUAUUGUAUGGAACUGGGGACCUAGAAACGAUGGAGAGGCUUCGUCCCCACCGUACCCCUCAGUGGUUCACAAACCCGCAACAGGCUACAGCAGUCAACUCACCCCACCGCCGCCCCACGCCAAACCCAGGGUUAUUGUGCGAUUCGACCCCCAGAGAAAACCCCCGGGAACGUCUCACACCAGACGAGCGUAACCCCAAUGUUUGCGUAGUAGAGUAAUGAUAGUGCACGCGUGGAGAAAGUGUAUGCGCACCAAUCGCAAACAUAGUGUAACUGAGGCGGAAUAAGCCGAGGCAAAUGAAAAACCUCCUUAAAAACCAUCCACAGACUGGCCGGCACACCGGACCUCGACGCUAAUGGGCCGGGCGGAUUCGUGCCGGGGAAGCAGUGCGUUAGACCGCACGGCUAGCCGGGUGGGCGAUAAGAUGUUAGUCAUAAGAUAAUAAACAUACAUAUUCACUGCUUUAAUGCCUUAGAAAACAUUUCACAAUACAGCAAAGACUAGACCACUCCCAUAAAAAUGCUACGAAUGAACAAAGGAUAUACUUAUAAAAUACAAACCGAUAUUAAAAUGUGGAAUGCCACUUACACCUCAGUCGAAAAUUAAGUACAUAUUAACAUACUUGAUAACUGACGUCACGCAUUGGCUACUAGCAACUAUGUUGCCAGUCAGUGCCAUAGGAUACAUGCACUCCAAAAGUGAACGUAUUGCCUUAAAUUCUGAGUAUUCAGGAAAAUUAUCCGUACUUAUAGAUACUACGUGUAUCCAUUUUGACAACGCAGAUAUAUGUGUAGAGUGACACAUUUCGGCAACGUUGCUUAUCAGUUUCCUCCAGGAUAUACAUAGACAUGACACAGAGCGUACGAAUUAUUGCUAGGGCAUUAAAUCUUCGUGGAUUUCUUUAAACGCACUGAAACUAUAAAUAUUAAUAACUCAAUCAAUUAUCAAGAAAUGUGGUAAUAAGAAAAAUUUACCAUUUGGAGGAACAAAACCACGAAAGAGAUUGUAAAAUUUGUAGCAAACGCUAAGAAAAUAAUUAUUCUGGUUAUAUACAUCUCUUGCAAUAUCCUGCUGAUCUGACAAUCUCUGCUUCGAUAUUUUUGUAGUACACGACAUAAGUUUUAUAAUCUAAAACGGAUAAAUAAUCCUUAAACACGUACACACCGAUGGAAAUUUUUUCUCCGACAAUAACAUGCCGGAAGAUGCAAAGCACAAAAAGCAGAAAGACCGGGGAAUUUCAGUGCUGAAGAACAGAAUUCUGCAUCCAGAUAGUACCAAGACUUCUACUAGAGUCCACAGUAGGAUCUUCGAUGAUAUGUUUACUCCAAGAGUCCUCUGGUGGAAGCUUUGGGAAUGACUUCACUCUUAAUAUACUCUGACGCACACAUCUUCCAAGAAGCAUUUUGAGCUAGUGAUAACGUCUGAAAAGACGAAACGUAAAGAGCCAAUAAAUACAAAUUGUGUGAGCACUGACUGGUAUAAACUAUAGAGACUAAGUUAAUGAGUUUUCCAAUGUCCUCCCCCCCCCCCCCCCCACCCCGUCCCCCCAACAACAACGGAAGUAUCAAUCUAAUGCCUAUCUUUAUUUCUUUCCACAUUCCAGUUCUCAUAUCCACUGAAGGCUAUAGGCAUCAUCAGAUGAUUUAUAUACUCUACACAACGACUCUUCAAAGUACAAGUACAAAGUUUUACUACUAUACAAUGUAUUCAAACCUUCUAAUAAUAACUUUACUAAAAGUCUACACUGAAAAUGAUACUAUAUGUUUGAAUCGAAACUGAAACACACAAUCAAAAAUAGAAUAAUUAUAUUUCUUAGUAUACUAUCAUAAUAAACGAUAUGGGCAGUACUACUGAUUAACCAUACAAAUGUUCUAAAAUUACUACUUUUCCAUGUUUAUUACCUGAAAUUACAAUGCUGAGAGUUAUUUUCCAUUACAAUUUUAUCAUAUCUUAAAAAAGAAUAAUAUAUCCGUAGGAAUGUCACACAAUACGAAUUGGUAAUUUUCUGGGACAUGGAUGACUAAAACAGAAUAUGCUGUAACAGUGCGAAAGUUCCAGUCACAUAUACUCGAAGCGACUUCCUACCAAAACUUGUUAGAAUAACAAAGAUCUUGCACUCAAAACAACAACUACAGUGUUCAAAACAUUACUUACAGAAACAGGAGAUUCUUAGCAACGACUGUCGCCACUUGAGUUCGAGCGCAGACAAAGGCAAUGAAACAUAGCCAAGUUACCAUUAAAGGGAGAACUCGUUCGCAAAGUUGGCAGCACUAGAGAAUAUGAGCAUCCCAGUCGCCAGAUACGUGAGCCCGUUGAGUGCACAUGAGAGAGGGAGGCAGGGAGGGAGGGAGAGAGGGAGAGAGAGAGAGAAACAGCUGAGGACGUAAACGUCGCUCCAGAAUGAGAAACAUCCGCCAGUAGAAUGCCCCUGAGGAGUUGAGUGUUCCCCACACAACACAUUCCAAGCCUACGCCGCUAAGCGCUUCUGUCAUUUCAUCAGCAUUUGCAGAUUACGACUGUGUCAUCAUAUAUAUUCGUCAGCCAGCAAUAUAGGAGUAAUAAUUCUCUGGUAACAUCUUUCAGGGUAGAAAAGUAACGGAAAUCAAAAUUACUUCGUCCCAUCAUUGUACUCCAUAUGACAAUAACAGUACAUGCUAAAUCAUUCUUUGUGAACAACAGUGUCAGCAAUACUCAUAUCGUAUUUGCCGGAUUUUCGCUUGACAAAAUUCUUGUGUGUGUAUCGUGGAUGAAAACACCCACACCCGGCAAGAGGUUAGUUGUGAUUAAUAACAGACACACAAUAUUCACAAUAGUAAGGACAGGAAAACUGCGAAAAAGAAGAGCUACAACAGGUUUCUACCCAUAAAUCCUUAAAGUUUAGCGUGUACUAAUCCUAAACUGUUUUAUGAUCGCUAUAAAUUAUUGAAAGCCUUUCCAGAUCGCUAUACCACUAUUUAUGAUAUAAAUGUAAAUUGCUAAAAAUAUCUAACUUUUGUUUAAAAAUGGGAGCACCUGAAACAUGCAAAAUAUCGACAAGAACUGUUGAGACUUUCUAGCCCGAUGCUGUUAUAGACAAACAGUGGCACAGAAUGCGAAAUAUAUUUGUAUAUUUCGGUUUGUGCAACAGUUUAAAAGUAAAAUGUAUAUGUUUUUCAAUUGCUACUGUAGGGAGUGAAUGCCAUUUAUUAAGUGCCUAUUUCCUGCUGUUUCAUUCUGUGACAGACAGGGACAUUUACCAUUUCUCAAUACAAGAUUUUUAUUACAUGAUCUUAUUGGUAACUCAGUACAAAGAAAAGUUAACAAUUUUUUAAGUUUUAUAAAUCAUCUAACUCCAUAAAUAACACUCUUUACCUUUGUCUAGUCCGCAACAUUGUUACCAAAUAUUACGGCUGAUGUAUUAUAUAACAUUGUUCAAAGUUUAUUUUCGGAUGAAAACAGUUUUAUUUAAUAAAUGUUAGUACCCAAUACUUUACCUGCAUCUGGCAUAUAGCAGACCUGUAGAUCUGAAUGCCUAAUGCAGAUAAAACUUUUCUGUACAUAAAUAUAUUUGUUUAUUAACGUAUCACUCUACAUACUAAAUGAUUUCCUUUAUCUUGCAGUUACCAGUUAUUGGCAUUAAUAUGUGUAGUGUGCCUAGAUAGUGAUAUAUCUGUCAAUUUAAUAACAUAAAUGUGAUUGAAAAUAAAAGUCGUAAUGAUAAGUUAAAUUCCCUAAAGCACUUUGGGAUUUCUUACACAAAGUUAGUUUACACCCACUACCAUCAUACUUAUAAUAUUCAAUAUUAGAACUGGUUCAUUUUAUUACUUUUUCUAACUUUGGUCCAUGUCUAUAAACAGGACAAUAUAUCAUCAUAAAAAUUAUUACCAUAACUCUAGAGCAUGAAAAUAAAAAGUGCAACCGUAAGCUAGAGCUACCACUUUUUUAUAAGUACUGAAUAAUGACAAUGAGAAUUAAAAAGUCUUCAAAACAAACUUCUGUGUACAGUGUUUCGCCAAAGAAAUUUUUCUAUGAACAGUGUGUGUGGUGCAAAAGAUGAUGUUAAUACACCGAUGUAUAGUGAAAUUUUGGAAACAAAUAGACUACAAUACAGUGGAAGGGUAUGCCACUAGUUUAGUAACUGUGCCAAACCAGUAAGUGUUGAUCACCUGAAGUAUAUUUUAUCACGGCUUUACACUUACAGAAUGUAUAGAAUAUUUGUAGCUAUAUUAGUGGAUUCAUUCGACAGACAGUUGUGUUAUGAGAAUAAAAGAGCAGUUUUCGGGUGAAAUACGAUGCAAUAUUUCACACUGAAAAAUAACUUUGUUUGUUAAGCUACAAUACAUGACAGGAGAAUGUAGUGAGAUCACUUUAUCUUUUAAAAUAUAAGUUUCGUAAUUUAUGUUUAAUUUGGAGUUUAGUAAUAUGUAAAUAUCUUUGUUUCUCACACAACAGUAUUCAGAGGGCAGCAGUGCUUCAGUUUCUUGAUUAUUCUAUGUGAUGUUUGUGCACAAAGAGUUAAUUUUAGAAAAUCUUUGUAAAUAGUGUGCAGCAUUUAUGAUUAAAUUUAGUUAUUGUUAUACAAAAGACACUUUCUUUGCUCCAAAAUUUGUGGCAAUUGUUCUCUCUUUAUAAAUGCAUAUAGUUUUCUAUAGUAAAAUAAUUAAAUAUUGUACAGAAGGCAUUGAUGAGUUACGUUUUCUUAAGAUACAUACCACUUCUACCCAUCACAAUUUACAGUCAGUUUUGUACAAUACAAAAUCUACUUAUGGACAUGGAGAACAAAUGAUUGUUUCUGAAUGAUUUUUGAUGACAACAGUGGAAGUGAGCUUGUGUAGUAUUAAAAAGUAUUGUUUUUCCUUCUAAUAUAAAAUGACUACUGCACUGAUGGUUUAUAUUUUGUAUUAAUAGUGUAUUUGUUGCUGAAAUUUUAUAUCGACGUUUAGGCAAUGAACAAAGUCAAGAAAAAUGAAUUUUUGUGCUACAGCAAAAUGAUUUUCUUGUUUUGAAGAGUUACCUGGGGAGAUACAGUCGUCGAUCUUACGAAUCAACUCCAGAAGCAGAUGAUGAAUAUUCUCAAUGGGGCGGGCUUACUUGCCACGUAACAUCGUUA